AUGAUCUUCGUACGGUCGACAGUUAUUUUCAAUAUCGCAAAAUCAAAAUAUAAAGGUUAAACUACAGGGAACGAGACUUUCACGCGAGAAUGUCUACUGACCUGCUACCGGAAUCAGUGAACUUGUUUCUUGACGACUUCGAGACCAGUCUCUGCCUGCCCAUUCUCGUGGUUAUGGUGCUCUGCACUGCUCAAUUUGUAUUUAAUCACGUCUUCGGUAUCGGAUACACGAUCUAUCAGAACGUAAAGAAGCCAGCGAUGAAGGAGAAAGAGGAAGAUCAAAGAAUGCUGACCACUCUAGGUAUCAAAAAACCCGAUGUAGUAACUACGAAUCCACGUAGAAAUCCAGGUUGCAAUAUUCAAUCUCGUGAGGACGAAUGGGAUUACUGUGAAGAGGAUACUGAAUGA